UCCACCUCUCCUGACCUUCUCCGCUUCUCCUGAACCGCUGCCUCCUCUCCUGAACCCUCUCUCAACCCCUUCCUUCUCUCCUACCCUGUAGUUUAUGUGCCAGGGCCUCUCUCCCCCUCUUCUCUGAACCCUGAUCUCUGACCCUUGAUCCCUCUGGAGGUCAGGAUGAGCUGGCUGAGCCGGCUGACCCCUCGAGGUCCGGGGGGCAGGUCCAGUAGGAACGUAGCACCCUCCAGUCCAUGUACUGCUGACCCAGAGACCUGCCUCAUGGUGUUCGAGAACCACUGGAGACAGGUGUCCUGGGUGCUGGAGCAGCAGGAUCCGUCAAGCUCUAGCGAUGACCUCACCGCGGUGCGGAACCACACCGACCAGAUGCUGUGCCUCCUGGCCGAGGAGCGACCGGGGGAGUGUGAGGGACCCCCCGGGGCGGUAACGUCCGGUAACGUCCCCCCCAUUGGCCCCAUCCUGGACCUGGUGGUGUCUGAGAACGUCCUGGAGCGUGUGGUGCAGUGGCACCUGAGGCGUGGCCUGGACCCCGACAGCCAGGGGGCGCUACUCAAGCUGUUUGAGAUGCUGAUAGGCCAGUCUCAGCAGCCCUUGCUCCAACACAAGGCGGUGCUGCAACCUCUACUGGGUCUUCUGGGGGCCUGUGCUGAGCCUCAGCUUGGCUGCCCUCCCUCUCUGGAGAACAGCCUAGUGCUGCUGCUCAACCAGAUCUGUGUGUCGAUGGCGCGUGCUCCCGCUGUGUUGGAGCUGUUGUUCAGGUCGGCCCCGGCCCAACACGGUCCUACCAACCUGCUCAUCUUCACUCUGCUGGUUCCCUUCAUCCACCGUGACGGGGCCAUCGGACAGCAGGCCCGCGACGCCCUCCUCCUCGUCAUGGCAACCUCGGCCAGCAACCAGGGCGUGGCACGCUACAUUGCAGAGAACUCCUACUUCUGCCCGGUGCUGGCCACGGGCCUCAGUGCUCUCUACUCCUCCCUGCCGAGGAAGAUAGAGGUACGGGGGGAUGACUGGCACGCUCUGCGCAGGGAGGACUGGAUGGGCGUGUCCUCUCUGGUGCUCUUCAUGAACUCUCUGGAGUUCUGUAACGCUGUCAUUCAGGUGGCUCACCCCCUGGUCCGCAGACAGCUGGUCGACUAUGUUCACAACGGCUUCCUGGUCCCUGUCAUGGGACCCGCCCUACACAAGUCAUCUGUAGAUGAGAUGAUAGCCAGUACAACCUACCUGGACCUGUUCCUGCGCAGCGUCACGGAAACGUCUCUCCUUAAAGCCUUCCUGCGUUUUAUCCUCAUGCAUCGCCACGACAACGACACCAUCCUGGACACGUUGCUAACGCGCAUCAACAGCAACUCAAGGCUGUGUAUGGUGUCUUUGAGCCUGUUUAGGACUCUGCUCUCUCUCAACUGUGAAGACCUCAUGUUGCAGCUCGUUCUCAGGUAUCUGCUGCCCUGUACCCAUGUGAUGUUUAGUCAGAGGCGUGCCAUCAGGGACACUGAUCUCUAUGGUAAAUCAGCUGACAAGUUCCUGUCCCUGAUCCCCGACUGCUGCCGUCUGAGCACAGCGCCCUCUGCUGAGCGGGAGGAAGAACCUGCCCUUUGGGGGAAAGUCCUGAACAGCCCCAGCUCAGAGUCUCCAGUACACCACAAACCCAGCACUCCAUCCCGCUUGGCCCUCUUCAUGCGCCAGCAGAGCACUGGAGGAGGGCCCUGCACCCCCUCCCCCACCGAGACGGUCCCCUCGUCGCCCGGUGCCGGCCCCAACACCCCCCUGUCCCCAGAUAGCCCCAUGCACCCCGUCCCAGAGGUUCUGGACUGGGAGUCGGGGUACCUGGAGUACCUCAGGGACGCACGUAGGGGGGUAGAGCUGUGCUCCUGGGCCUGCCGGAACUGGUCAGCCCCCUACGACGGAGAGGACCCCUCACCCAACGCGGCCCCUCUACCGCCCCCGCCCCCCACCUCCAACCCCUCCCUGGCCAUGUUCCCAGAGCACUUCUCCUUCCAGCAAAGUGGUAGUACCUCCCCCGGCCAGCAGAGGGCAGCGGUGGUGGCAGCGGCGCGGUCAGAGUGGAGCAGUACAGAGAGGGACAGUGGAGAGUGGGACGUCACCAUCGGUGAGAACAGCUGUAUCAGCCUCACACCCCGCACCAAGAAACGCAGCCUGCAGAGAGAUGUCCACAUCCCCAAACCUCUCCAUCUCCCUCCUGAUUCUGCCUCCCUCGCUGACCCCUCCGCUGUUCCCCACCUCCGCUCCGCCCCCACCAAGGGCGCUCAGCAGGCCAUCAUCAAUGGGACGUUGUUGGGGGGGCAGGGGGACAGGUGUAGGGACAGCCAGGAUGGAGGGAUGGAGGUUAAGAAGGUGAAGAGGGAGUUGGGUGAGCAGCGGCACCCUGCUGGGGGGGACUCUAGUCAGAACGGGGAGGUGAGUGCCUGCCCUGCCCCUGUCCAGUCCUGCGGGUCCCUACAGGGCUUCUACAGUGAAGGGAAUGGGAGUGGGGCUGCGGAAAGCUCCAGAGGUCUUCCACCACACAAACCGAGUCACACCCAGACUCUGUCUGCUUCACUGCUCUCAGAACCCCGUACCAACUCCUCCAACGAUAGGAUGACCCUCCGUGCUGCAGCAUCCAGCCCUGGAUCGGGACCUCCAGAGGCAAUGCUCUUUAACCAGUCAGAAGCAGUGGAGAGACUGAUCUCUGAGCUCCUGGAUGGGGCUGGGCCUGAGGAGGGGGGGCAGCAGGGGCCUGGAGACUCCAACGGCCAGGGCAUCAGCAUCGAGGCCUUCACCCAGGAACUCCGGGAGCUGGAGGACAGGGUGAGGGAGAGGAGCAAGGGGGUGGGGCUGCUCAGACAGCUGGAGGAGACCACCAGAGACCCCCACUCAGGGGAACCACCGCCCCCCUCUCCCCUGGACGCUGACCUGAUGGGGAGCGGGGUAGUGGCUGGAGUUGUGGGGGUGUUCAGGCCUCUAGGACAGACAUCCACUCAGCCCUACACAGGUCCGUUCAUGGUGGUUCUGUUUGCCAAGCUGGAGAACAUGCUCCAGAACUCUUUGUAUGUAAACAUCCUGUUGACGGGGAUUCUGGGCCAGCUUGCCUGCUACCCUCAACCCCUGCUCCGAUCUUUCCUCCUCAACACCAACAUGGUGUUCCAGCCCAGUGUCAAGUCUCUCAUACAGGUCCUGGGCUCAGUGAAGAGCCGCAUCGAGACGUUUGCAGCGUCCCAUGAGGAUUUCCCUGCCAUGCUGAAGAAAGCCCAGCGCUACCUGGCUGCCAGGGGCAAGGUGGACUGGGCGGACUCACCCAUGGGGAUGCCCACACUGCGACGCUCUGAUGCUCUGGUGAAGAGCCGGAAACCCUCACUAGGCGACCUGAUCCUUCGCCACACCAACAGCCCCACGCGGGCACGCCACGCCGCCCAGCUCGCCCUGGCCCACGUACGAGACGGUGGCCAAUCGCUGCACAGUGCCCUGUUCCGGGGCGGGUCAGGGGCGUCGGGGCUGGAGAAGCAGGCAGAGGCUCUGAGGGUGAAGAACGCCGUCUACUGCGCCGUCAUCUUCUCCGAGUUCCUCAAGGAGCUGGCCGCUCUGGCCCAGGAGCACGCUGUCUCCAUGCCCUUCCUCCAGAGCCACGACACUGAGGAGUGAUGCUGUCUGUCUCCACACCCUUCCUCCAGAGACACGACACUGAGGAGUGACACUGAAGGUUGCAACCCGAUUUCAACCCUCCUCCCAGAAGAUUGAGAAGCAUUGGAUUGGUUGUAAGCGUUGUCUAGAGGGAGUUCCUUUCCACCGUUGUUAAAUCUAGUGUACGUGACGUCUGGGCCUGUAUCCACAAAGCGUCUAAAAGACAGACAGACAGACAGGAUAGGGCAGGUAGACUGACACAGA